UUCUUCUAGCACUCACGCCCUUGGAUGGAUGAUGUUUACGGAAGAAUAGAGGUCUUCCCACACCACUUCUCGCCACGGACAGAACCCAUGGAUGCUGCAGCUGACGGCCUGUCCACGAGCACGAGCAACAUGAAUCCUUCCCCAAGCCCUUCGCGCAGACGUUCUUGGACCCCGAAACGAGUCAUGGGAGCCGCAUCGCUUCUGCAGCUGCUGUCGAUCCCGCGCCUUAGGUGGUCUUCCAGCAACGAGGACGACGACAAGAUCGAAUUGACCAGAGCUGAGGUAGAGUCAUUACGAAGCGAAAUCGCUGAUGCUGAUGAGAGGGAGUCCCAGUUAAAAGCUCGGUUGGAAAACAUCGACGAGGUGUUGAGAUACGCACGUCUCUGCGGGUACCUCUAUAUCAGAAGUAGGUGGAGUCAGCUUCCAGGGGAGCCACCCAUCAUAGACGACACGGAGGUGGACGACUGGCUCCCUCGCUUUGUCGUCCUGCAGGGGCAGUGUAUAUACUACUACCUCAAGUCCACAGAUUUGAGCCCUCUGGAGUCCACCAUGCUGCGUGACGUGGUGGAUGUAGGAGAGCUUCCAAACUUUGUGCCGGAGGACGGGAAGACUCGGCACGCGUUCUACAUACUGACCCGGCUGGGCCUGAGGUUUGAGUGCUCGAGCAGCUGCGAGAUACAGGUGGAUUCGUGGGUGCGAGCAGUAAGGAGCGGUUGCAAAUUGAGGAGUGAUGAGCUUGAGAACAAGACGAGCGGAGCAUGGGAACCGGUCGUGACGGUGCGACCGAUGGGAGGGGAGGGGAGGGGCAAAAGGGUAAAUAAGCAAGAGGUGCGCCAACCACCGCUCGACUCGAGGGCGAGGCGCAUCAGAUCUGAAGCAAAGCAAAGCAACCAACCAAGCGAUUCAAUUCCUUGCUUGCCACUCGCUCGCUCGCUGCCUUUAAACGAACCCCCCAUCCAUCUCGCUCUCGCCCUCCACCUCUCGCCGGUAGCCAUGAGCUCUUCCAAGAUGUACCAGUCCGCCUGCAAGGCCGCCAGGUCCUUCCUCGCCUCCUCCUCCGCCGCCGCCCGCUCCUCCGUUCUCGCCGAUCAGAUCGCACCAGGGAUUCAAAUCUCGCUCACUCUUGCAGAUGGGAGGAACGCCGCGCUCGCAACGCUCACCAACGUCGGCAGGACCAGGCUCCCCGCCGCCUACUCCUACCACACCAAGGCCUCCGGCGCCAACGCCGCCCACCGGUUCGGGUGGAUCGCCGGCAUACCCGCCGCUGCCUACAUGCUCCAGGAUCAGGAGGUGCAUGCGGCCGAGCUGGAGCGCACCUUCAUCGCCAUCAAGCCUGACGGCGUCCAGAGAGGACUCAUUUCUGAGAUAGUAUCCCGAUUUGAGAGGAAAGGAUUCAAGCUUGUUGCCAUCAAGCUGGUGGUUCCAUCCAAGGAAUUCGCCGAGAAGCACUACCAUGAUCUCAAGGAAAGACCUUUCUUCAGUGGAUUGUGCGACUUCCUUAGCUCUGGCCCUGUACUUGCCAUGGUUUGGGAAGGAGAGGGUGUUAUCAAGUACGGCCGGAAACUGAUUGGUGCCACGGACCCACAGAAGUCUGAGCCAGGAACCAUCAGAGGAGAUCUCGCUGUUGUUGUUGGAAGAAACAUUAUUCAUGGGAGCGACGGCCCAGAGACAGCCAAGGAUGAGAUCGCUCUCUGGUUUACCCCCAAGGAGCUGGUCUCUUACACCAGCAACGAGGAGAAGUGGGUUUAUGGCGUGAACUAAUGAGUGAAUCAACCGUGUUCGGAAGAACAAACAGAAGUCCACUCCCUUUCCAUAAUCGCCAUCUAGACCAUGGCUGAGUGUAAUAACGCUGGCUGCGACCGCUGAGCUUUUGUCCCUUGUGCUCGAUGCAAUAAGUCCUGAUGAAAAGGAAUUGUAGUACCUUGGAAUGUAGAGCGUGCAUUGAGCAAUCGUGAUGUUUACAUCGAACUAUCGUUUUCAGCCACUUGAUUUGGAAGGAUGUCCUUUAUUUUUGAUCUA